AUGAUAAAUAUAAAUGAAAUACCGAUACUAUAUUUAGUCAUUGCAAUAAUUUCACUUCCUAUAAUUUUCUACAUAUUUUAUCUAUUAUGUGAAAAAGAUUCAAUUACGGCAAUUUUAUCUUUACUAUCAAUUUUAUGUGUUUUGGGGAUUAUUAUUUUUCCUAUUAUACUCUUAUGUUUAAUUACCCCCAAUGUUAGUUUUUCUAAAAUAGAACAAUAUAAAGACAAAGUAAUUUAUGUCCCAAAACUUAAUAAUAGUACAAAAGAAUUUGAAUGUCAAAGUGAUUCAGGAUCUGGUACUGGAAGUCCUCAAUUUACAAUUCUCGGUCAAAUAUCAGUGUUUGGUGCUGUUGCAGGACUAUUUUUUAAUGUAGCCGUUUAUGGUGUAACUUCUAAACUCGAUAUUAGAAAAACUUGUAUAGUCGAUGAUUUUUUAAUUCUUACAUGCCUUAUUUUACCUAUUUUUUCAUGGUUCUUUACUGCUAAAAUUGAUUUUGAGUUUUUUUAUGAUCAUAAUUAUCCUUCCUACCAUGUUAUACUUUUCCCAUCUAUCCUUAUAUGGAUGGCUUUAUUUUCCAUAGUAAUUUCAUGCUACAUAGUAUGCAGUUUUCAUAAUAUAUACUUAUUUCCCUUAAAUUAUUUCAGAAAAAAUAUUCACAAAAAAGACAAUAAUGAAAAAGGCGAAAAAGAAGACAAAAAUAAUGAAAAAGACGAAAAAGGCAAAAUUGAAGAUGAAAAAGAUGAAAUUUACAAAAUUGAUAUUGACAAUGCCGAUAAAGAUGAAAAUAUCAAAAAAGUUAAAAAAGACCAAACCGAUAUAGAUGAAAAUAACAAGUUUAUUAAAGCAUCUUCACAAAAGCGAUUUAGUUUCAUUAAAUCAAUUCUUAUAUUCAUUCUUUUUAUUAAUUCAGUUGCUAUUCUUAUUUAUGAUUUUUUUGAAAUUCGAUAUGGCGCCGAUUAUAAAUUAUCCAAUGAUUUAGCACAUAUAAAUGCUAUUAUUGAUUUGGAAUUUUUAAGUUUUCUUACAGAUAUUAUUUACUUUAUACUAGCCACUUUGUUGAUUAUAGUUUACUUUUUUGCCCAUUAUUUUAAAGAUUCUUGUGAAAAAGCUCCCGAACACAAUGUGAUGAAAAAAGUUUACUUUAUUAUGAACAAUGCUUACGAAAAUUAUAAAAAUUCUCGUAAAAAAUCCCCCAAACAAGAAUCCCCUGAACAAGAAUCCCCCGAACAAGAAUCCCCAGAACAAGAAUCCCCCAAACAAAAAUUCCCCAAACACAUUGUGAUGAAAAAAGUUUUCUUUAUUGUUAUCUUUCUUUCCAUAAUCGAAUGCUUUUUCGAAUAUAAUAGGUUUUGUACCCCUAAAAGUAUUGAUACAAUUUUUUUCUUCAUUCUUUCCACUGUUUUAACUCGUUCAAUUUCAUCAUUCUUCUCUCAUGAUAAACAAAUCCGAGUUAUGGAUAUCACAAAACCUGGUUUUUAUCAUACAGUUCCAAAUAAUGAAAAAAAAAAACAUAAAUUUGUUUUUCUAAAACUUACUGAUAAAGAACAAGUAUCUGCAUUUUUGGGGAAACAAAGGCUUUAUCUAAAAAUUAAAGGUGACAAUGAUAAUGAUAUUAAAAAAAAUCAAGAAUUUAUUGAUAAAAUCAAACAAAUUUAUUUGAAUUUUAAAAUUGAUAAUUUUGACGAAGAGUUUUAUAAAAAUAUUUUGGAUUUUUGUAAACAAGAAUGUACGCCAGAACUAGAUAAAUGGUUAAAAAAAUUCGGAAAACAAGAUUCAAAAAGUGAGCAAGAAUCAAAAACAAAUAAUUAUGAAUUAAUUAGAGCGAUUCUCUUUGACCUUCGCAAAAAAGAACUAAAUGUUAAAACUGAAAAUCUCAUAGCUGAAAAACUUAUGGAUUGUGCAACAAUUUACGUUGAUAUUCUUGAAACAGGAUUAUUUCAAUAUCUAAUUUAUUCCCAUAGAUCCUACAAUAAAUAUGAUGACGAAAAGAACGACUUUAAUGAAGAAAACUUAAAAGAAUUUAAAAAAUUUUUACAAGAGAUUGAUUUAGAAGCUAUGAAAAAAAAGAAUGAUUUAGAAGACGGGAAAGAUGUUAUGAAAAAAAAGAAUGAUUUAGAAGACGGGAAAGAUGUUAUGAAAAAACAUAUUGAUUUAGAAGACGGGGAAGAUAUUAUGAAAAAAAAUAUUGAUUUAGAAGACGAGGAAGAUGUUAUGAAAAAACAUAUUGAUUUAGAAGACGGGAAAGAUGGUAUGAAAAAACAUAUUGAUUUAGAAGACGGGGAAGAUGUUAUGAAAAAAAAUAUUAUGGAAAAACAUAUUGAUAAAAUUAAUGAUAUUAGAAAAAAAUUAGGAGAUUUUGAAAUCCCCACGUGGCAU